AGUCCUCCCUCUCCCGGGGAAGAAACAAAGCCGGCCCUUGCGCGGGCUCCGGCGUGGCUGCGGCGCCUUUGUGGCCAGCUGCUCUCCGAGAGGCUCAUGAGACCCAACGGGGUUCAGGCGGUGGUUCGGGGCAUCGUGGAGGGAACAGGCGGUGAGUAGGCAGGUGGCGCUGGUGCUGAAGCAGCAGCUGUGGACUGGAGAAAAUGCGAUGCGGUUGCAAAGAUCCUGGCCUCCUGCCCGCAGCAGUGCCUUUCCCUCGAGGACUACUACGGACUGGUAUGCCCCCAGAUUCUGGACUUGCUGCACAUCCAGGACAAACAGACAGCGCGCCAGUUCCAGCGAGUGGCCACCACGACACUGCUCACCAUGGCGAAAGAGCACCCUCAGCUGGCAGAGGAGCACCUGCUCCGGCCCCUCUUGGCACCCCUUCUGCGGUGCUCGGAGACAGCAGAGCUAGCAGUGGAAGAUUUGUCGGCAGGGACCGUGCUGGUGACAGAGGCAGAGCUCAGCAGCUGUGUGGAAGAUGUGCUCAAGGUGUAUGUGGUUGGAAAUGACAACUCGAGCCUGCUGCUGGGAUCCUUACAGUCGGUCCUGGGAGUGGUUUUUUCCCUCUAUUCCUUCGCCAAGCAGAAUGUGUCAUACUUACGCUCCCCGUGCCAGGAGAUCCUGCUGUGGUUCUUGGAGAAGUCGGAGCGAGAGGUGUCACUGGCCGUGCUGGAAGGCUUUGCAGGGCUGAACAGCAGCGUGCACGCUCUGCACCCGCGGUGCCGGUUCUGCGCGGGCAGCGAGGGUGGUGCCACCAUCGCGGUGGAGGAGACCAUCAGCGAUGAAGAGGAGGCUCUCUACCAGAAGGUUUCCUCGGAGCAGUGCUGCAUGGAGAACUUGGUGGAGCUCUUGUCUCACUGCCAGAAGAUGUUCCUGGCGCUGGCGCUGACUCGCGUGGCUGCGGAGGACGAGGUGGAUUCAAACUCGGCUGCGGUGCCUGGAGGGAGUCUCCUGGAGCUGGAGCAGUACCACGCCGGGCAGAGGAGGAAGCUGCUGGUCCUGCAGCUGGUGGCCACGCUGUGCGAGAGCGUCUCGGACACCGUGUUCACAGACAUCGCUCAGGGGCUCGUGGCCGCCAUGCUUGGUGGAGCUGUCCAGCUGCAAUCCGGUGACUUCGCCGUGCUGAAGCGGCUGGAGGAGCUCUCCCGCACCUACCCCGAGCCCCUCACCCAGGAGCUGGCCACAGACCUGCGCAUCGCCAUCUGCACCCACGGGGCCUUCUGCCCCGGCACGCGGGAUCCGGAGGCACUUCGGCUUCAGGAGAAACUCCUGCAGGUGUUCCUGGAGAACGUGCAGCACGAGGCCGCCUUCGUCUACCUC